AUGGCCCUUUCAUCUUCUAUACUCGGCCUCGUGUCGGCGUACUGGCCAUAUGCCGUACCAUUUCUCCUGUUCCUGUAUUUCUUUUCGAAUUGGUAUCAGAAAGGCUUUCACAGAGUCCCAGGCCCAUGGAUCAAUUCCAUAUCUACACUGCCCCGGAUCUGGUCCGUGUACAGCGGCCAGCAUCACCUCGAUGAUCUCCGAAUGCAUGCCAAGUACGGAAAAGUCGUGCGAGUCGCGCCAAAUCUAAUUUCCAUUGCCGAUACCAACGAGAUCAACCAACUGUACGGAAUUAUGACAAAAUUCAUCAAGUCUCCUUUUUAUGACCUGGCAGCCACUUACGACGAUGAAGGCUUUGUCCCCGACCCCUUCGUGAUCCGCAAGGACAAGGCCUUGCAUUCCCGCAUGAAGCGCAACGCGGCAAACGCGUACAGUCUCAACGGUCUCAUUCAAUUUGAGCCCUGGGUCGAUCCUAUUCUAACCAACCUGGUGCAUAAGCUUGACGACGACUUCGGUUAUAUCAACAAGGGCGACGAGCUAGGCUUUUUCAACACCAUGGAUCUGGUAAACAAUUACAUGUCCCUUCUCGGCAAUGUGGCUUGGCUUCAUCCUGUUCUCCUGGGAAACCCCUGGGUAGUUCGGCUCAUGACCCGCGGCGAUACUUCUUCCGCGGCAAUGAUCAAGAUUACCGCACAAGAAUUGCAGAGGUUCCGCCAGUCACCACCCGCAGAGGGUGAUGCCAUGACCUUUCUCAGCCGCCUCGCGUUAAACCAGAGAGCCAACCCCAAGUCAAUCAACGACAGGGAACUCAUCACACACGCAUUCAACAACGUGGCGGCCGGCGCAGACACAACGGCCAUUGCUAUGAGGGCGGCCAUCUACUAUCUUCUCAAAGACAAAGACGCGUACGCAAGACUGUGUUCCGAAGUCCGCGGCCGGCUGGAGCUGCCCGUCCGUUUCCAAACUGCCUCCCAACUGCCGUAUCUUAAGGCCGUGAUACAAGAAGCGAUGCGCUUGCAUCCAUCGGUUGGGCAGAUCCUUGGGCGAACGGUACCUGCAGGGGGCGCAGCCAUUAGCGGUUACCGCAUCGGCGCAGGUGCUGAAGUUGGCAUGUCUCCCUGGGUUCUCCACCGCAAUCCCGAGGUCUUUCCCGACCAGGAUAGGUUCAAGCCUGAAAGGUGGAUUCUGGGCGAGGGAUGUCAGGAUGAAGAGCACUUGAAGCAGAUGCACCGGUCGUUCUUCGCAUUUGGCCACGGCGCUCACACGUGCAGUGGAAGGCAUAUUAGCGUCAUGGAAGUUACCAAACUUAUCCCCACGCUGCUUCUGAGAUACGACCUGGAGUUAGCGAGUGAUGCGGAUUACAAAUUCAGGAAUUGGUGGUUUACGCCGCAGUCUGGGUUGAGGGUUAAGUUAACAAGACGAUCAAAUAGUUAA